CCGACCUUGUUGAUACUACAGCGGGAGAGAUCGCCAGAACCGCAGGUAUAGUAGCGUCAGCCACGACGUGGAUGGCAUAGAUAAUCUGCGAUGUCCUCCCAACUCCUACAGUCAGAGCUCUUGAAUCUGAUUCAAGAGUCGAAGAGGAAAAAUACUGAUCUUCGAAAUUCGCUCAGCGACCUCAGAGCAUUACCGUCUACCUCUGAAGCACAAAUAACAGCAGAUCUUGUUCGCAAACCAAAAUUUGCCGAUCCGUUUAUUCUUGCUUGUCACAGCCGGCAUGCGAAGCUCGCUGGCAUUGGCGUUGUUUGUCUGCAACGGAUUGUGGCAUCUGGAGCAUUGCCACCUGACCGUUUGAAGGACGCUCUCGGCGGACUGCGAGAGACAGUGCAUCUGGGCCUAGAUGUUCAACUCAAAAUCCUGCAGUCUUUACCUUCUCUCUUGCAAAAUUAUUCCAAUACGCUUACGGGGGAAUUGCUUGGAACCACUAUAGAAAUAUGCGCAACAUUGCAAGGAAGCAAGACGAUAGCUGUGUCCAGCACUGCAACUGCAACGUUGCAGCAACUGAUGGUUUCUAUAUUUGAGAGAGUCUCAACCGAAGAUAAAACGAAAAGCCCAUCUGACUCUACAACGAUGCUCUCAAUUGACGGCCAACCUGUCAAAGUAGGAAACUUCGCGUACGAUGCGCUACUUGUCUUGGAUGAUCUCUGCCGCCUGGUAGAAGGCGAACAACUGCAAUUCCUGCGACUCAAGUCGUUGGCGCCGAGCUUUGUUCUGGAGCUGAUUGAGAACAUCUUGAUAAACAGUGACCAGCUCUUUUCUCAUCAUCCAGAACUUACGCAGGUACUCAGGAUUCGACUUAUGCCUUUGACUGUGAGGUAUUUUUCUGAGCGUCACGGCUUUUCUCAGACUGUGCGGAUCGCUCGAGUCCUUCUAGUUCUUUUGAAGCGCCACAUGUCGUUGCUGGUUGAAGAAUGUGAGAUGGCCCUCGGGCUACUAACCCACUCACUUGAACCGGAUGGCAAUGCACCUUGGAGGCGGGUACUUUGUAUGGAGAUCUUCCGCGGAUUAUAUGCUGAACCAGGACUCGUACGGCUGAUUUACUCAUUGUACGAUGCGGAUGAAGGACGGAAAAAUAUUCUCAAGGAUCACAUGGCUUCCUUCGUUCGUCUGGCUUCUGAGAAACCUGCAUUGAUUGGUCUCAGUAAUCAGUCUACUAUGCCCUCAAGUGCUCGGCACUUGAGGUCUGCGACCGAGGAGCAGAUCACACUCGAAGCUGGCGGUGUCGCUGGAGUCAUCGGUACCACAGUGUCCUCUGACACUAAUGUAUCAGGCAUCAGUAGUCAGUGGAGUACUGUCCGUACUCCUUACAUCGAUUUACUUGAUAAGUCCGAUGCGCCCUCGCCUCCAGAUACUUAUGUUUACAGCAUCAUUAUUACCUGCAUCAGCACCUUCUCCGAAGGGCUGGCUAAGUUCAUUCUUCCACUGACGGUCCCCGAUCUGAAACAGAAGCGUAAGGCGCGCAUCGCGACUUCUGAUCAAGAACCCGACAGUCCUAUUGGGCCCGGGGAACUUCGGAGGACCGAUUCUUUAAGUAGAUCGGAAACUUCAGCUUCGAGGAAAUUUUCUAUCCCAAUCAAUCCUCUCGAGCUGGAAGGCCAUGCGCAACUUCCGGCGAUCAAAAUUUGUGCUGGGAUCAUUGAAACAUGUUGGCCUGCUAUCCUUGCGACGUGUUCGACCUUCUUGUAUGCAUCUUUGGAUGACGAUUUCUACCACAAUCUUGUUCGGUCUUUUCAAAAGUUAGCCCAUGUCGCAGGCCUCCUCAGGCUCUCUGUUCCUAGAGACGCCUUCUUAACAACCCUUGGUAAAGCUGCUAUCCCAACAGACACAACCAAUGUCAAAGUCACAAGCUCCCCAUCAUCAACGUCUCUUUCCGAGGCUCAACCAAAUGAAUCCGCUGAAAAGCGGAAAGGCAGCAGAAUAUCAGCCAAGUUGGUCACGAUCGACACUUCUUCCUUGUCCCCGGAAAGUUCAUCUGGGUCAUUGAACACGAGGAAUCUUCUAUGCCUGCGUGCUCUAUUGAACCUUGGUAUUGCUUUGGGCCCCACUCUAGAUCAGUCGGCCUGGUCUAUUAUUCUCGCGGCUCUUCGAGAUACAGAUUUGGUCAUUGGGGCCUCGUCUUUGAUCGCGUCCAAGGCUAGCACUGGGACAACUAAUGUUGGUGAUGCUGGAACUACUUCAGUCGUUGACGUUCUCAAAGUGAACCUCGGUACCGAGAUCAUUGCUGUGCAGUCAGCUUCCUUAAAGCUGUUCCAGAGUACCAGUGAAUAUGCUAGUGAACCGUUCCAGAAUAUCUUGGUGGCCCUCUUAAACCUUGCUGACAGCACCCAAGAUACUGCCGAAGAUGACACAACGGAUGAUAUAUCUGGGAUACCGGGAUCACCGCAAUCUGCAAAACGGCUAGGCAAACUUCAUCAGAAUUAUCACCGUGUGUCUCUCACAAUGGGCAGAACAAGGAUGCUUGAUGAAGAAUUGAAAUUUGUUUUGGACAGAACAAGUGAGAUAGCCAGAGCAAAUCUGGAACGACUCUCAUCAACAGAUGAAGGUGAUCGGAAAGCGUGGGAUAUUUUGGCUCAGAGGCUUAUAUCCACUACAAAGAACAAAAAUGUGUCGCUCAAUCUCUGCCUCAAAGCCAACGGGGUGCUCACUGACCUUGUAUUUCGAACCAUGGGAUCACCAAAGAGUAAUACUAUAUCUGUGGGCAAUGGAGUGCAGAGGAGGAACCUGGAAACAUUGAAAGCACAGAUUGAAUCAAUAUACGAUUCGGAGCUUGAUCUAUCCGGGCCCCAAUCAAUCGCUCUUGGGGAAAUCCACGAACAAUGCCUGGAAGUUCUAAAGAAUAUUCUAGAGCAAUAUGCGGAGUCUUUCGACGAAGAAUGGCAUCUUGUUUUUCACCUUAUCUCAACAGUUUUCGGCAAACCGGCCAAUACGGAAAGUAAUCAACAGCGCAAAAUGUCAGCAACACAGUUCUCAGUCUCACCGCGUCUUAUGCGUGCUGCGUACCAGUCUCUGCAGUUGGUUGCUUCCGAUUUUCUUGCUUUACUUCCGCCGUCCUGUCUGUUGAGUCUAGUCGACUCAUUCUCGAGUUUCGCCUCACAGCAGCAAGACUUUAAUAUUUCUCUCACUACAACCUCUUUUUUCUGGAAUGUGUCAGACUUCUUACAGGGGCAAAUAGAACGUUUCUCCAUAGAAGAUAACGUUGAUACUUUGGUCAGCGAGAAAACGCUCGCCGAUCUUUCUCGUGACAGCGAUGCCUCCGUUUCCAGGAAUUCUUUAUGGCUGUUGAUGCUGCUCAGGAUCGUUGACAUUACCACUGAUGAGAGACCAGAAAUCAGAAAUAGUGCUGUCCGUACUCUUUUGAGGAUUUUCGAUGCAUAUGGCCAGCAAUUGUCUCCCAAAGCCUGGCGCUUAUGUUUGAACAGAGUUCUCUUUCGCAUGGUCGGGGAAAUAGAGGCCAAGCUCCUGGAAGGUACUUCAGACCAAGAAGCCGACGAGUCUGGCAGCUUCAAGGCAUGGAUUGACACGACUGUCGUCACUAUUAAAGGGUUAUCUGAUCUGAUAACCAACUUCUUCGAGCCCAUUGUCCAGGACGAGGAAUUUGACGAGUCAUGGGAGCGGCUUUUGCGCUACCUUCGAGAUCUGAACAAAUUGGGUAGCUUGAAACUUUGCGAGGCAGCAUUCUCUAGCUUAUCGGAUAUUCUUCUUCAAGUGCAAGGAACCUUCAGCAAACGAGCUUUGAGCCUGACCUGGUCGCUGUGGUUGGCCGGUCAUCCUUCGCGCACUGAAGACUUAUUGAAUAUUGAUAUCUCGAACCAGGAUGCAGCUCUAGCAUAUCUGACAGCUUUCGGACAAAUAUAUCGUCUAUAUAAAGAUGAGAUCACUAAACAUGAUGUCAGCCAGAUCCUUGAGCAUCUGCAGCUCCUGGUUUGGAAUUCUGUCUCUCCGCGAUACUCCCCAGACACGGAUCGCUCGUCGAAACUACAGGCAUUGGUCAUCAGCUGUAUCAAGACUCUCUGUCAAGACAAAGAUAGUUCACAGUCAGAGAUAAUCCUCUGUCUUGCAGAAUUCGUGGACUCUGCACUAUCUAGAUGGUCCCCUAAUACAGAUAGCAGAAGACCCACUUUUGUCGCAUUCUCUAAGGAUGCGAUUGAUCUCCUCAAUUGGUACAUCCAAGACUUUGGGAUUAAAAAAGAUAUCUUCACCAACGGCUCUGUAACGACUGCUCUAGAGCAUCUCGCCAGCCCGGUUAAAGAAAAAUACGAGUGGCAAGGCAAGGACCGCGAACCUCAGAUUUGGAAGACAUCUACUACCGCGUCGUUGAAUAUCCUGAAAGUUGUGGUCCCAUAUGUGGAAACGCAUUACUCUGAAUCGAAUCAGUCCGAGAUAACACGCUUCUGGAAAUGUGUGGUGGAUAUAGCUCGAGGAAUCGUAUCUGCCAAAGGAUAUGAAGCUCGAAAUCUACCUUUCUCUAAAAUUCUUGCGGAUGAAUCCUUUGAUAUUGAUGCAUUCACGAAAUUAAAGACAGUCAUCAUCCCAUCUCUAGGAGCUUCCAUGAUCCCAGAUGGUAUCCGCCGGGAUUUUGCUUGCGCCCUCCUAUAUCAGUCCUUUCUUUACGCUCCAUUACGAGGCGAUCUUCCCACCGGGCAAAUCGAGCAGAAUCCCCUGCAUGGUCUGUACGAUGUGAGAUCAGGACGAACUUUCGACCCAGCACCGACCCAACGCUCAAGAAUGGCAUAUCUUCUCAUAGACACAUUCUGCGAACUUGCGUCUAUUUCUCAUGAGUCCCACCCCAAGUCACCGAAGCGAACGGCAGAAAGCAAAGAGAGCUCUUCUUGUGCUUAUACGUCCAUAGCACGGUCAAUUUCACCAUACCUGAUCCUCCGGUGCGCCGUGUCUUUGAGAUCCUACAUCGCCGACCAGCCGCUCCGCGGCCUAAUGCCUCAACCGACACCUUCUCGCAAGGCGCUUCUACAUCUACUUCAGAGGAUGGUGGAGCUACGGACCGAUCCUGCUGCUGUUCCGGAGCUGCCAAGCUCCGUAUCCACGUUCAAAUUCGCCGGAAACGAAGACGACCAAAUUAAGCAUAUCGAGUGGAUGUAUCCCCUUGUCGUGAAAGCAGUGCAAGUGGCCGGGAGAGAGAAGGACGACGGUCAGGUUCUCCAGGCGCUAGGGAAACUACUCCUUGAAAUGGGUAGAUCUCAUGUCUGAGAUUCGCGAGGUGAACAUUGACGAGCUGGUUCUUGUCAAUCGAUAGCUUGCUUUUAAAUCAUGAAUAUAUAUAUACAUCAGGCGUUACUAUUGGAUGUGAUUUGCAUGCCAUACAUACCUAUCAUGAACGAGUAAUUUCUAUGUACCUAGAACUUGCAAACGUAUUCUCUACUCCGAGAAUUGAUAUCAGAUGACUACAAGCAGUGAUGCGCCGCU